AUGGCGGAUCCUCUAUCAAUCGCUGCGAGUAUCGCGGGUCUUGUAGGCCUUGCCGACAUUGUCUUCGCCCGCUUGGUGAAGUUCGGGCGAUCUGUCAAGAAUGCAGAAGAGGAGAUUCGACACCUCGCUCAGGAGAUCAAUCUCCUUGGAGGAGCCCUGAACAGCCUCGAACGACUAGCCCAGGUCCUGAAAGACGAUGCUUUCGACACAAACCUACGAAUGCACAACAUCGACGACUGCAGGGAGACUUUGAAAGAGAUAAACAAGAAGCUGGAAAAGCUGGAGGCCACUUCUAGUUUGAUGAAGCAGAAGCUCAUGUGGCCAUUCACCAAAGACCGUGUGAAGGAAUGGCUCGACGAUCUGUCCAAACACAAAGAAAACAUCAACCUAGCGCUGUCCGCCAAUUCCCUGGAUGCCAUGCUACGAGUGUUGUCCCAGGAAGGCCAUCACGCGACAGAGAUUCUGGCCGAGAUCAAGGAAACGCGGAAGAUCACUAGUCGAAUCCACCAAGACUCCGAACGACUUAAGGUCUUGAAUUUCUUCUUGAAGUACAACCCACAGAAGAACUACGACAUGAGCAUACGCCUGCGACAGUCGGGAACCGGAAUCUGGCUCCAAAAGCUCCAAGACUUUCAGCAUUGGUUAUCUGAACCCGGCUCUAAGUUGUGGCUCAAGGGCAUCCCCGGCGCGGGCAAGACUGUACUUGCGGGCUCAAUCAUCGAGUCAGCUCUGAAAAGGAGCACUGAAGAAAGGCUCUGCAAAAGUUAUUGA